GUAGUAUUUUUUAGUCAUUGUUUAUGAAGGAUCCCCAACAAAAGAAACGUAUACUGGAUGAGUUGGAAGGGGAAAUUUAUGAAAUAAAUGCCGAACAGAAUUUUCUCUUCUUACGUCUUAGACGUAUUAUAGAUGAGUUUAUGAAAAUGUUAAAGAAAAAUGAUAUACCCACAGAUUCCAAUACCACUAAUGCCUUUGUCUCCAAAGAACUUGUACCCUUAAUUAAUGAUCCGACUUUGGAAAUAAUACCGACAACUGUGAUCAUACGCAAUACUGAGGAGAAAUUGAUAGAGAAAUAUUUUGAAGUUCAAAAGGAUACAAAAACUGAAGUGGUCUAUGAUAAUAUGGAAAUUAUAGAGUUAGAUGAUGAUGAUGAGUCUAAGAUGGUGGAGCAGAAAUUUAAUAAAGCUUAUGGUCAAAACCGUUUUGGUAAUAGGAGAGAGCACUUGAUUAAUGUAGGUGGGGGAGUAGGAGGCUUAACGGGUGAAAGUUUAUUGAAAAAUUUGCAGGCCAAUAUGGCUGCUCAGCCGUCAUUGCUUAAACCUUUUAAUCAAAGAAUGACUAAUGAUUUAAUGACUUUGGAUGUUAAGCCAAAUCUUAAUAAACCCGUAAAAACUUUGGGUGAUCUUUAUAAACGGAAAAAGGAGGAGAAAUUGAUUAAUCAAAGAAUGGCUCAGGAAUUGAUGGCAGUGGAUGUUAAGCCUAAUAUUAUUAAGCCGGUCAAAACAUUGGGUGAUCUUUAUCAACAGAAAAAAGAGGAAAAAGAGAAGUCCAUUGAGUUGCCAGUAUCCACAAAUGUUAAAAUGAGUCGUAUGAAUUUGAGACAAGCAUUAAAGCGUGCUCAAGCUCAAGUAAGAGGACCUAUUGCUGCCACUAUACCAGCACCUCCCCCACCACCACCACCACAACCAGCUCCAGUAGCAGUAAUAGCUGCUGCGGAAGUUGUUAAAAAGUCUAAUGUUGGUAGAACUAGAGCUACACGUGCUGCUGUUGCUGCUGCUGCAGCUGCUGUUAAUACUGCUUCAUCUGGUGCCCAAAAAUCACCCGAAAGAAGUUCUUCAUCUGAGGAAGGUACCCCAGAACGUGGACAUACUCCUCCACAUAACUAUUGGCCCGAUGAAUUUGAAGAGACUCGUACUAAGGCUGAAGAAUAUGGACAAGAAAUGUUUUUGAGAAUAUUCGAUUUAUUUACACCCGAAAUCCAUGCUCAAUUGCAGCAGAGACGUUCAAAACGUCGCAGACGUUGUGUACAGAAUAAUAGUUAUCAUUAUGGCAGACUUGAGCAUCUUCCUGCCACCACACAAACUGAACCAGAUAACAAAAAGAAACGUAAAAACUUUCUUCUAUCACCUCAGGUUAAAAAAGCCCUGCCAGCAAAACGUACUAAAAGACGUAGUGCCGAUAAUGUAUCCGAAACAAAUUCAGCACCACCCUCACGUUCGACAUCUAGUUCACCCGAUGAAAAACGUUCAUGUAAUGAAUGCUUAAAGCCCGGUUCAAAUCUAGAACAAUGUGAAGAAUGUAAAUUAUAUUAUCAUCCACAAUGUCAUCGUGAAGAUGAUGAUGUUAUGAUUGUAGAAGAUCCUAAGGAAAAUUUAAAUGAUUUGAAAAAAUGUCCAGAUUGUAAACGUAAACAUGAUAAGGCCAUUAAAGAAGAACUUUUAAUAUAUCGUAGAUUACAAAGUUGUGCCCAAGAUUUGGAAUUACAAUUGGCUAAAGAGAAAGAUCGUAAUGAAAUUUUACAACGCAGUGGCAAAUCCUAUAAAAUACAAAUGAAUAAUAUUUUUAAAAUUGUCAAUUCUAUUAAAACUGAAACAACAUCUACUACCUCUCCAUCAUCAUCUGCCAUUGAAAAUAUUAUCUAUGAUGUUGAUGAAAUUAUGUAAAAGAAGAAUGAUGUCAUAUUAAUUGUUAAUGCGUUUAUAUUUGCGAAAAAAAGUGUGGUUUAUAAAAACAAUAAUAAUUUUAUUUUAAGUUUUUUUUUCAAUAAUUCUAUUAUUUUAUAGUUUUUAAGUUUGCUCAGAAUUUAACAGUUUUGUUGUAUCAAUUAUAAAAUUUACAAAAAAAAAUAUGUAAAUCUAAUGUGUUGUUUCUAGAUAACGUAGGAGAGAAAGAGUAAUUUGAGUUAUAAUUUUAAAGUAAAUUUUAUGUUUAAACUUUUCGCUUGUUUUCUAGAAACAACACAUUCAAAUGUAAAACAUUUUAUUGUGUUGAUUUCAUUUGAUUGUUAAUUAAGUUUUGAAAUCUUUAUAUCAUAUUGUUUUUUUCUUUCUCUUAGUUUUAGUUAAACCCUUAAGUUCUUUUAUAAAUUUAUAAAAGAAUUAAUCCUUUAAAUGCUAAAGAAAAAUAAUAUUAAUUUAUCUAUUACCCACAUCAUGUUUAUCAACUAAUCUUUAUUCUUUUUUUUUACAUUAUAAGUUAUCUUAUUAACUUUCUUUUUUUGUUUUUUAAUAAAAUUUCAAAAAGU